AUUGACUUGGAUACAGAUAAGGUCAUGUGGUAUAUCAAACAGCAUACACCAUCGAAUUUUUUGUUUAUAUAAGUUCUAACUGUCUAAUAUGGAUGCUGCAGAGUGGAAAACACGGUAUAUCUUGCUUAUCUUUGCCUGUUUUCUUCCCUUUGGGUGUUACUUCAAUAUCGAUGUUUUGGGUGCAUUACAGAAAGACCUACAGGGAAUCCAUACAGGAAACUGUAGUAACCACACUGCCAACAUGACGUGCUGCACUGACUGUCUAGGAUUGGGACCAGAUCGUUAUAACCAGUUGUACGCUGCAUACUCGUGGAUGAAUGCAGUUAGUGCCUUGCCUGGAGGGUAUUUCAUCGACAAAAUUGGAUAUAGGGGUUCGGCCAUCCUAACGACAACCGUAGCUUCUCUAGGAACGCUUCUGUUCGCUGUCUCUGUCACUGACUCAAUCAGGACUACAUCUGCCAUGUUCCCACUCAUGUUUUGUGGCCGCCUGCUCCUUGGAGCUGGAACAAGUCCUGCUCUAAUUGUUCAGAACAGAAUUCUAGCUUCCUGGUUCCCAGACAAUAUAUUGGUAGUAUUUAGUCUGAUGGUAGUUGUUCUACGACUCGGUAAUGUCUCCAAUUUUUUCCUCACUGCCAACAUCGCCAGCUGGAUCGGCUUGUCAAGAACGUUAUGGAUAAGUAUGCUAGUUUUUGUUUCAAUAUGUUUAACAUCUAAAUGACAUGAUUUAAUAAUGAUAUACAACUCUUUCUCAUAUAUUCAAUAGGAAACAGCCUACUUAAAAACUUGAAAUUAAUCAGUCGUGAAAAAACUGACUGAUUUUAAAAGCCAAUAUACAAGAAAUGUGACAAAAGUGUAUAGUAUUUCUGGUGAAUCGCCUUCUUUUCCCUAUCAUAAACCUUUCUAUGAAUCGUUCAUGUCACAUACAAUGUAUUUUACUAGGAACACUGUGAAUAUCAAUCUUUAAAAACAUAUUCAUGGUUAACUAAACACACUGUAAACUAAGGGACCGCGGUGGCCGAGUGGUUAAGGUGUCCCAACACUUUAUCACAAGCCCUCCACCUCUGGAUUGCGAGUUCGAAUCCUAUAUGGGGCAGU